GCAAACCAGUAUUGAUCGACCCCCCCACUAGGUGGACCGAGGACAUCAAGUGGGUUGCAGAGAACCGCUGGAUGCUGGCGGCUCGACACCAGCAGUGGACAUCUAUUGGCUAAUAAGUUAGAUUGACUUCAGUCCACUUCCAGCCGGCUAGCGCCAUGGUCCGCCUCACACGAGAGCAGAUACAGUUCUACAAGGACAAUGGAUACAUCCACCUCAAGGGGCUGAUCAGAGGGAAAGAGCUGCAGAGGGUCUCCGAGGAGUACGACAGCUUGUUCAAGAGGAAGAAUUCUGAGAAAACGGAGAGCUCGUGGGUUGGCAGCGACGAUACGUUUAGGGAAAGUGACAGCCCGUAUACUGUGAAAGGAAUCCACAACCUGCAGAUGCACCACGCCGUGUUCGGCCAGCUGCUCUACAACGAGGCUCUGCUGGACGCGCUGCAAGACGUCAUGGGCACAGAGAACAUCAUGCUGCAUCACACCAAGGCGCACCUCAAGCCGCCGGAGAAGGGCGCCUCCUACCCCAUGCAUCAGGACUACCCCUAUUUCCCAUAUGAAAAGGAUUCCAUGGUGGCAGCCUUCAUCCACCUGGACGCUGCCACGCCGGAGAACGGAGGGCUGUUCGUUUACCCUGGGUCACACAAGCUGGGGCCGCUGGAGGACUUCGGCCCGAAGGAAGGAAGCCAUUUCCACUAUGUUGACCAGAAAAAGUUCCCCAUCGAGGGCGCGACGCCAGUCAUCGCCUCCGCCGGCGACGUGGUCAUCUUCUCGUACCUGCUGGUGCACGGCAGCAGCGCCAAUCACUCGGCGCGGGCGCGGCGCAUGCUGCUGGCGCAGCUGGCGGACGCGAGCGACAGGCCGCGCGGCGGCGAGCCUGGCCAGCCCGGCCGCGGCUGGAUGCUGCGCGGUGUCAACUUGACCCGCGACGCGACUGUCGCUAACCGGGCGCGCGACUGACGCGUUCCUUUUAGGUGCCCAUGCGAGCUCUUCUAAGCAGUGCGUCCUAAAUGUAAAGGUUAUGUCGCACUAUGAGCUGGGGCCAUUUCCUAACUUAUGCCACACAUAGUAAGGUACUGUCCUGGGAGAGCAUAUCGGAGAUAAUGUGAUGUGUGGCAUAAUAUUGAUUUAAAAAUAUUUUUUUUUCAAUCUUGCGUCAGAGAUAGGCCGAUUUGCGCAAAAUGGCCGUCACAGAUGAGUGGAUAAAUAAGGGUUCAAAGUGCUAAUUUGAUCUACGGAUACCUAAACUGCGCAUGGCCCGACACGCACUUGGCCAGUUUUAUUUAAAUAUGAGUUAAAUGAUAGACUUAAAUUCUUAAUAGUAGUUGGCUAUAUGAUAAUUAUACGCAUGAAAAUAUACAAUGAAACUGUACAAAUAAAUUAAUAUUAUGAAUAACA